AUUAUCCUUUGCCAACCAGUUUCUAUUAUUUCUGUCCUUUGUUGACUCCUUUUUGGACAUCGAAAAUAAUGGUAAUAAUAGUACAUCGACUCCCUGAACGCCCUGCAGACCGAAAAACCCUCGUUCCUCGACUGCAUAUGGCUGUUGCCGAAUUUGAUUGUUGGCACCAAUAAUAGUACAUCUUUGCGCAUUGCACGUGGCUGGUCAUUUGUUGCUUGCACGUGGAGACAUCUUGGGACCCUCCCUCGUUUGACAAACAGAAGAUAAAAUCGAUGCCAUUAUUUCGUACGGUAUUUACCAUGGACACUUCUCGCAGACCAUUUCAAUAGUCUCGAUUGCCGUAAUUCGAGGCGUAUCACCGCCUUCGGUUUCCUAGGUGAUUGAAGGACAUACACAGUUUCGAAUUGAGCUAUAAUUUUGCAGCAUUUCUGGUAGUUAUGGCUCGCAUCUGGUUUAGCUCAUCGCUUUCAUUGGCCCUGAUACUUCUUUGCUGGUUAUGGACUGCUGUCAUUGCAGCAGGAACUUGCAUUGAAGGCGAGGAUAGCUCAGGGCAACGGAUAUGCCUGGAUGACCAGCGCAAACCAACGCUGUGGACGUUGGAUUUUGGGGAUUGCCAAGGCGAUUCCCUACUUAAUGUAACACAGCUUCAGGGCGCAUAUUAUGCUGAUAAUAUGACCGUGACAUUCAAUUUGGUAGCGCAAACGUCCCUUGUCAAUGAUGAUAUCAUGGUAUAUAUUGGCGUGUAUGCCUACGGCGAAACAAGAUUCGAGCUAACCCUCAACCCUUGCAACAACAAUUUCCAAGGGUUGUGUCCUCUCAACGCAGGCACUACGGCCGUGGCUGCUGGCGCAAUUCCUAUCGGCGAAUCAUACGUUGCGUCAAUACCAUCGAUCGCCUAUUCGAUUCCGGACUUUGAAGGACAGGUGGUAUUCCGUAUCCUGUCCAAUGCCACCCAGUCGCAAAUCGGUUGCUUUGCAGCAGUAUUGACUAAUGGAUAUUCUUUCGCUCAACCCGCAGCAGUUUCUAGCAUACUGGGAAUCUUCACAAUAGUUGCUGUGGUAUCCUCUCUAGCAGCCGCUGUGUACGGUCCGAGUACCUCGUCAAAUCGCAACCACUAUGCACAUUCGCCAUCCGUGCUUGUUGCUUUCGCCAUAUUCCACCAUAUUUUCUUCACGGGGGCGCUGUCAAUGAACUGGCCCAGUGUUUUGGUUGCCUUUUGGGCAAAUUAUGCUUGGGCUGCCGGGAUGAUCUAUUCAGUCAAGAUGCAAGACUCAAUAAAUCAAUUUUUGGGAAGUAAUAGAGGCAACAUUAGUAUGGUUGGGGCUGCUUCCGCUGGAGUCGAUAAUGCCAAUUUAGCUGGCGGAAUUGAUAUUUCGCAGAUUUACAAACGGAGUCAAGCAAUAUUUCCCCGUGCUAAUGAUGGUGGUUCUUUCUACCCAAGUCCAUGGCAUGGUGGACCUGUGAAACCUGGUCUGCCGAUACCGGGGAACUACUCUGGUUUUGCUGGGACGCUUGCUGAGGAGACCAUUCCUGCCUCAAAUGCAUUUCUGACUGGCCUUAUUUGGUGGUUGGUCUUGGUUAGUGGCCUGUGCCUUGCAAGUGUGGUUUUGAAGUUGGUAGUCGAUGGGUUUGCAAAAUACAACAAAAUAGGUGAAGAUAAAUGGCAACAUUUCCGCACACAUUGGUUGGCAUAUACAAUCUCACUAACUCUGAGAGGAUGUUUCGUCGGCUUCUAUGUGCUCAGCUUUCUAGCAUUGUUUCAAUUCACGCUUGGAGGGUCCACCGGAGUCAAAGCUAUUGCUGGUGUUGUCCUAGCCCUAAUUAUCUUGCUGCUAGGAGGUGCCGCUGGCUUUGCAGUUUGGGACCGGUUUACAGCGGGACAGGUCACAGCAGACAAGUUGCUUGUCAAACAAGAAAAGAUAGGUGUUUUGCCGUACUUGGCAGUAUACCGCGCGAGUCGGUUAAGCGAGGAAAAGAAGGCUUCUAAAAAUGUAUUGAGUGUGCCGUGGUGGACGGUGACAAACGGGGAGUCGGAAAGCUCAGUUCAUGAAACUGAACUAUUCGUGAGGAAAUUCGGCUGGCUAUCGGGCCGAUUUAGGAGGACGCGCUGGUAUUUCUUCGCCGUAUGGUUGGUGUAUGAGUUUGUCCGUGCCUGCUUUUUUGGCGGCGCGGCCGGUCACCCAAUGACGCAAGUAUUUGGAAUUCUGGCCGUGGAGUUCAUUGCUCUCGUUACUAUGAUAUGGAUGAAGCCAUUUGAGGCGGCCCGGUUGAAUACUUUGACUAUUUAUUUGUUAGGCUUCAGUAAGGUCUCUACGGUGGCUUUAUCAUCAGCAUUUGACUCGUCUUUCAACAUCGAUCGAAUGACCACCGCAGCGAUCGGAAUCGUUAUUAUUGUGAUCCAAGGAAUCCUAACUGUCUUUUUACUCAUGGCAAUAUGUGUUGGAGCAAUUAGCACUUAUAUGUCGAUAUCGAGAGAUAAGGUGGAGGAAGAAUUCAAACCCAAAUCACUACGUGGAUUGCGGUCAAAAUAUUUAGCACAUGUUGAAAAAGCUGGUCUGGACCUCCCUCCUUCACGAUCACGUCGAGCAGUCGUAGAGGACGGACCGGUAGAAGUCUCAUUCGAAGUUCGCUCAGUUCAACGACAGCUGAAAAUCGAGGACGAAGAUGAUCGCACCGCUCCAUUCCCAAACUUGGAAAUGUUGCCAGUACCGGAGGAGGAUGAAGAUGGCAACGAAGAACAAAAGUCAGGCCCAAGCAGAUCAGUCUCACAACAGGGCUCUGAUUCUGUUCGAUCAAGCGGCAGCUACUCCAAUCUCCCCUUCGGUGCACGUCCACAUGUGUCUAGCUGGAGCAGCCAGGACUUUUCUCCAUGGGUGGAAAGCCAGCGGCUCUCUGGUCGUCGCAUGUCCGGCCGUGGUCGUGGUAGCAGCGCAAUGAGCUUGCGUCAGACGGCAAUGCGACAGAGAGCCAAUUCCAGGGGGACCCCUUUGCCAAUGACGCGCAGCGAAUCUCCAGCUACGGUUCAGGUUCCUGAUGCGGACGAUAUUCCAGUCCUAUCAAGCUUGGCGGCACCUGAUUUUGCAUUUCAUUAAAAGGUAUUUCGAAGUAUCAUUCAUAUUAAUCAUUGCGAGGCGUUGGAAUCUUAGAUAUGCAGGUUUUUAUUAUACCCUAGUCCCUUAUGGUGGCGAUUGCAUAGGAUGGUGUUUAGAGC